UACGCGGAGAGAGGCUCAUGAUAUUUUCUGGAGAAUUCCAUCCAUUCCGCCUGCCAGUGCCAGGUCUUUGGCUCGACGUGUUCCAAAAGAUAAAGAGCAUGGGCUUCACCGGCGUCUCAUUCUACGUGGACUGGAGCCUCCUUGAAGGAAACCCGGGGCAUGUCAUCACCGAUGGUAUAUGGAGUUUGGAUGAAUUCUUCAACGCGGCAAGCCAAACUGGAUUAUAUCUCAUCGCUCGGCCGGGUCCGUACAUCAAUGCAGAAACAACUGCUGGUGGGAUACCUGGGUGGGUUCUACGAAAACAAGCGAUUGUCCGGUCUGACGACCCCGAAUACUUGAAUGCGACUGCAAAUUAUGUGUCCGCAUUGGGUCGAAUGAUUGAAAGAGCGCAGAUCACACAUGGUGGCCCAGUGAUCAUGGUUCAGCCAGAGAACGAAUACUCCACGUGGCCGGGAGUGACUGAUUUCCCCAAUGAAAUGAAUCGGAAUUAUAUGGCACAUGUUGAAGAACAGCUACUUAGUGAAGGUAUUACGGUUCCUUCAAUCGUGAAUGAUAACUUGGUUAUGGGGUACUUCGCACCGGGCUCAGGGCAAGGCCAAGUCGAUAUUUACGCUAUCGAUGCAUACCCCAUGCGCUAUGAUUGUGCGAAUCCUACUGUUUGGCCUACAUACAGAUUUCCAUAUGAUUGGCAAGUCACGCACCAACAGCAGAGUCCAACGACACCCUUUGCUAUUGCCGAGUUUCAAGGGGGUUCUGGCGAGGGGUGGGGAGGCGUGGCUCAGGAGAUGUGCGGCCAGUUAGUGAACGAAGAGGCCGCCAGAGUUGUGUACAAGAAUAACUACAGUUUUGGCGUAAAGAUCUUCAACAUUUACAUGACUUUUGGCGGCACCAACUGGGGUAACCUGGGUUACAUGGGCGGGCACACAUCAUACGACUAUGGCUCAGCUAUCACGGAAGAAAGGGCCAUCUGGCGUGAGAAAUAUAGUGAGCAGAAACUGGAAGCUAACUUCCUCAAAGUCUCCCCUGCUUAUCUGACCGCAACUCCUCAUCUUGGAGUAAAUGGUACUUACGGCGCACCGUCCUCGAUAGCUGUUACUCCUCUUCUUGGGAACGGGACGCGCACAAAUUUCUAUGUUGUCAGACAUGCCGACUUCACUUCAGCCGACAACACCCAGUACACCCUGGCAUUGUUGACAAGCAUUGGAGACAUCGAAAUUCCUCAGCUGGGAGGUCACCUCACGCUGAGCGGACGAGAUUCCAAAUUCCACGUCACAGAUUACGAUGUCGGCGGCAUCAACCUGAUCUACUCCUCCGCGGAGAUAUUCACAUGGGCGCGUGGGCCAGGGCCAACACGUGUAUUAAUUCUCUACGGAGGGGCCGGAGAAACACAUGAGUUUGCUCUGCCUAGUCAUCUUGGAAAACCAAUUGUCCUCGAAGGAGAGGGCAUCAAAAUACAACAACACGGAUCCACUUGGGUUGUGCAGUGGCAUGUUACACCAGCCCGACGAAUCGUCCAGGUAGUAGAUCUCGAGGUAUACCUGCUCUGGCGGAACGAGGCAUACAACUACUGGGUGAUGGAGUUGCCGAUAUCAAGUCCGAUUGGAAACUACUCAUCGCCAUCGAAAAGCCUAGUAGUUGUCAAAGCCGGAUAUCUUAUCCGCACCGCUGAUCUGAUAAACAAGCAACUUCGACUGACAGGUGAUGUCAAUGCCACAACAGAGAUCGAGGUCAUAUCUACUCCACUGACAACCCUGAAAGGCAUUACCUUCAAUGGAGAAGUCUUACACAUUUCGAAAACACCCAAUGGGAACCUCUGGGGAACUGUCAGAUACAACCCUCCCAAGUUGGACAUUCCCGAUUUGUCCAACCUGAAAUGGAAGUUUAUUGAUUCUCUCCCUGAGAUUCAGGCCUCGUACGACGACUCAGCUUGGACACCCUGCAUACGAAGAUCGACACACAAUCCACGGCACCUGGAUACCCCAAUUAGUUUGUACUCCAUGGACUACGGAUAUCACACAGGGUCAUUGUUAUACCGUGGUCAUUUCAAUGCCAAUGGCCAAGAAUCCAAUGUUUGGUUGAAUGUAUCUGGCGGCGUAGGAUUUGGACAUUCCGUGUGGUUGAAUAACACAUUCCUUGGCUCAUGGGUGGGGUCGAGUGCCAAUACCUCGGUAGUCCACAACAUGUCGCUGCCCGUCCUGUCGCAGGGAAGCCUGUAUUUGAUCUUGGUUCUGAUUGAUCACAUGGGCCAGGAUGAGGAGGCUCCUGGUACUGAUGCGAUCAAGUUCCCAAGAGGAAUUUUGAACUAUGGCAUUUCCGGUCACGCGCAAUCCGACGUUGUAUGGAAGUUGACGGGUAACCUUGGAGGAGAGCAGUAUCAGGAUCUCGCCCGCGGCCCUCUCAAUGAGGGAGGUAUGUAUGCCGAGCGACAAGGAUACCAUUACCCUAAUCCACCCAGCUCGACAUGGGACUUGUCAAACCCAGUCGUAGAUGGUUUAUCGAACGCAGGCGUCGGAUUCUUCGCUACAUCCUUCCGCCUGGGCAUCCCCAGUGGAUGGGACGUCCCAAUGAGUGUGGUGUUUAACAACACAAUCCAGAAUAAUACCAAGGAUAAUAUUCGAGGCAACAAUUAUAGGUGUCAGCUAUUUAUCAACGGAUAUCAAUUUGGAAAAUACAUCAACAAUCUCGGCCCCCAAACAGCUUUCCCAAUUCCAGAGGGUAUUCUUAACCACGUGGGUGAUAAUCAUAUAGCCUUGACGGUGUGGGCACAGGAUAAAGAGGGCGCAACACUGGGAAAGUUGGAAUUAGUUCCUACAUCGGUCAUUAGAUCCGGCUAUAACAGACCACAGGCUGCUCCACAGCCUCUCUGGACGAAGCGAGCACAGUCAUACUAG